AUGCUACGUUUUGCAUUUGGGAGAGGUUCUCUUGCGCACGCCGCUUGGUCUCGUUGUGCCGCGAGUGUUGCAGGCGUUCAGAGCUUACCAAAGUUUGAAAUCCAUGACGUCCGUGAUGAUCCCGCACUGGGAACCAUGACGCGUGUGGCGGUAGACGGCAAGUUGCUGUUGAUUUCCCAGUACCCGCAACUUGGACCUCGAAAAGUGGACCCGAACGAUUUGAGCCCGCAGUUUGACUCGGAUCGCCGCAUUUCCGUGCGGAUGCGUCAUGUUGAUCUUGCUGGGUUGGUGUGUGUUUGCCAGAGCCGUAUUUCAAAGUACGAAAUGACGAACAGGGGUUACACUUUGGUCUUUGAAAGGGUGCCAGAAGGUUACCGGCUGCACGGUCAGAUUCAUCGUGUGGCGUCUCAGAAGAUGGAGGAUUGGUCGGUAAACUUUGACAAGCACUUUGCCGUGACACUGGAGCACUUCUUGGAAAGUGCACUCACGGAGAGCUUUGGAUUUCGUCAGCACUACGCUGCGCGCGCCGCCGACGGUGGAGCACAGGAGGCCAACACCGUUGUGGGGAGCGCUUCCGGCAGACCACAAAGGAGGGGGAACACGGACUCGGCGCAGCGUCGGUGA